AAUACAUAGCCAUGUCCCUGCACUUCUUAUUUUUUGCACCGGAGGUCCCUGCACUUCAUUACCCCUAUUAUAAACCCCUACACUACUUAACUCAUAAGCCCGUGGUCCCUCCGUUAACAGAAGUUAGCGAGUGUUUUGCACGCUUUAAUCUCUGCGAACACUGAACAUCUGCAUUUGUCCACCUCAUUAAUUUUUAGCCAACUCAUAUUGCCACAUCAGCCAUACCAUUUAUCUUUGGGUAAAACGGUAAAGUUGAAAAUUUUUCACCUUUCUGAAACCUUUGUUGUUCGACCAUUUCCCCCAAAAAAACCUAACCCUAAAUUGACAGCACCCAAUUCAAUUCAAAGCAAUUAGUCGCCUCCAUCAAAAUCGAAGGUACCCACAUCCACUAAUUGACGAGGAACAACAAUUUGGCGACCUGAAGAUGAAGAAAAAAUCGGCUAGGAAAAAAGUGAAACCAAUUCCUGCGAUUGAAAAACAAAAAGGAGACCAAUUUUUUCUUUCUUGUGGUGACAGGUUGGAGGCCAAGAUUGUGCAACUUAUUUUAUGUUAUGGGGGUAGAAUAGAAUUGAACGAGGGUAAAUUGUCUUAUGUGGGAGGAGAGGAGGAGAUAGGUGAUCCCUUAUUUAGCUUAGAUAAACUAUCAUACUUCAAUAUGCUGUCUUAUUUGCAUUACUUUGAGAUAGAAAAAGGGGAUAUGUAUCUGAGGUCCAAUUCCAUAGAGUUGAUUAGGUUUGAAGAUGAUAGAUGUGUUUUGGGGUUUUGGGAAGAACUUAUACAUAACAAAGAAAAAAAAAUUUAUGUUUGUGUGGAUUAUUCUAAGUUCCUAGAGCAGGACAAACAGCCCAUUUUAGAGGGGGAGGGGGAGGGGGAACCUAGUGGUAAUGUUCUACAUUCACAAGUCAUAAAUGUUGAGGAUGACUUGACCUUUGAUGAUUUAUGUAUUAGCAUUGAAGGCCACAGUGAUGAUGAUGAUCUAGAAUUGCAGGAGGCUAGGCAAAAUGUAAUCAACUCUAGACAGGAUUUGCAAGGUUUAUCAGAACCUAGUAUGGAGGAGGGGGGUGAUGAGCCUAGUGAUGAAGAUAUUGAGGAACCUAUGGUGGAUGAGGGUGCUAAUAGGGGGGUAGAGGAGCAGAGGGUAGAAGGUGUUAUUGAUAGUGAAAGGGGGGCAGAGGAGCAGAGGGCAGAGGCUGUUAUUGAUAGUGAAAGGGGGGCAGAGGAGCAGAGGGCAGAGCCUGUUAUUGAUAGUGAAAGGGGGGCAGAAGAUGUCAAUGAGAGUGAACCAAGGGUAGAUAGGGAUUGUGACUCAACAGACCCUACAUAUAAGGAUGAUAGUGUAUAUUAUAGUAGCUCUGAUGUUGGCAGCCACUUUAGUGAGAAUGAAGAUGAUUUUGGGGCUGAAUCACAUAGGGAUGAGAGUAUAAGAGUACAGUUUGAUGCAACCACUGAGAUUCCACAAUUUGCAGUGGGAAUGUUUUUUAGUAACUUAGGGGAGGUUAGAUAUGCAAUAGCUAGAUAUGCAGUCAUGAAAGGGAUGUGCAUUAGGUAUGUCAAAAAUGACCUUCAAAGAGUUAGGGCUAAAUGCAUGGUGGGCUGUCCUUGGGUGAUGCAAGUGAGCCCUCACAAUGCAGACCAAAACUGGACCAUUAAGACCUAUGAACCUGAACAUAGAUGUACUAGAAGCAACAAGGUGAAAUUUUGUGACAGUAACUUCUUAUCCAAGAGAUACAAAACAAUGAUCACUAACUUACAUUACAUAAAACUAAAGGACUUCAAAUCCAUUGUUAGGAGUGAGCUGAAACAGAGUGUGAGUUUGAAUGUGUGCAGACAUGCAAAGACCAAAAUUAUAACUGAGUUGAUGGGCUUUUAUAGGGGGGAGUAUGCAAGUCUGAAUGACUAUGCUGAGGUCAUUUGUCAUACCAACCCAGGCACAACAUGUUUUGUAAAAUCCACAUCUGAAAAUCCUGAGGGGAAACAGGAAUUUCAUAGGUUUUAUGUGUGUUUUUCUGCUUGCAAAAGGGGUUGGCUUGAGGGUUGCAGAAAGGUCAUAGGCAUAGAUGGGUGUUUUUUAAAAGGAAUAUGUAAGGGGCAGUUACUGAUUGCUGUGGGUAGGGAUGGAAACAAUCAAAUGUUUCCAAUAGCUUGGGGGGUGGUUCUUGUUGAGAAUAAAGACAACUGGAGCUGGUUUCUGAGGAUGAUCCAGUAUGACCUACAACUUGAAUAUGGAGAAGGCUAUGCAGUCAUAUCAGAUAUGCAGAAGGGCCUUGAGAGUGCUGUAAAAGACAUACUUCCCCAGGCAGAACACAGAAGAUGUGCCAGGCAUGUCUAUGCCAACUGGGCCAAGAAAUGGAGGGGUGAUGAGAGAAAGAAGGCUUUUUGGAGCUGUGCAAAGGCCACUACAUUUGCAGAUUUGAAUGUAAGGUUAACACACCUAGGAACCUUGGGGAACAACAUAGUCAAUGAUGCCUUAAGCUAUGAAAUAGAGACCUGGAGCAAGGUGUACUUCGACACAUCAAUUAAAUGUGAUGUGGUUGAUAAUAAUCUGGCAGAGACUUUCAACGGUUGGAUUUUGGAGCCUAGGUGUAAGUCUGUGAUCACAAUGCUUGAGGAUAUUAGGGUGAAGGUGAUGAAUAGAUUGUGGAAUAAGAGAGAUUCCACAAGGGGAUGGAUUACAGAUGUGUCCCCUAGAGCCCUAGAAGUUGUUGAGAAAAACAAGCAAUUAUCAUAUGACUGGGAGGUGGAGUUUAAUGGGGAUUAUGGUUAUGAGAUUGCUUGGCGUCAAGACAGAAGGAACAAGCACACAGUGGACAUUAAUAGGAGGGUCUGCACUUGCAGAGAAUGGGACUUGACUGGGAUCCCUUGCAGGCAUGGUGUGUGUGCCAUAUAUGCUAAGGGUCACAAGCCAGAGGAAUAUGUCCAUCACUUGUACAACAAGGAGACUUACUUGAAGGCUUAUGGUCAUACAAUCCAGCCAGUUCCUGGAAAGGACCAUUGGGUUAGGAGUGAGAAGGGACCAAUAGAGCCUCCACCAUUCAAGAAAUUGCCUGGUAGACCUAAAAAAACAGGAGGAAAGAGCCAUUUGAAGUGAAGAAGAAAGCAAAGCUCUCACUCCAUGGGAGGGUCAUGAGCUGUGGAAUCUGCAAGGGCAUUGGGCAUAAUUAUAGAAGUUGCCCUAAUAAAACUGCCAACAGCCAGUACAAACCAAGGAAGAACAAGAAGCAGCAGACUGAACCAACUCCUGCAGCAGCUCCUACCAGUACUACAAGAAAGAGAAAAAGGAAACAAACUGAGGGAGAUGCCUCCACCACUGCUGCUGCACGUGCAAGGCUAAGGCCUAGGAUAAGGCAAACUCAAUGAAUUGGGCAGCAUAUUUUAUGUCAAGUGGGGACAGUUUGAUAUUGGGCAGUGUCUCAAUUUUUGGAUUUUGUAGUUUUUGUAUAGGGCAGUGUUUUAUAUGCUGAUAACUUUGAAAUGUGUUGAUAACAUUUGCAUAGGGCCCUUGGGAAAGUAUUGAUUAUCCUUUCAAAAUUAACUUUUUGUAUAGAAAGGUACUAAACAAUGUAACUACAUUACCCUUUCAGUAAAUGGCAACUUUUGUGAUA